AUGAUAUUUGAGAGAGCUCACGAGCUAAUGAGUAGAAAGAAGAGUCGUGUAGAAAGUGCGGAGAACAGUGGCCAUGGUGAGGGCCAUAGUGGGGAUGUAUGUGACAUAGAGACUACGGCUGUUGAAAUAGCCAAUCCAACGAGCCCUGUAGCGCACAGUCUUGACAUUGACUCGGAUACACCACUCUCACAGCGUCGCACACGAAGAACAAAUCGCAGACUGCCAAAACGAUUUCGUGAUAUACUCCCCCAGCCUUCAUUAUCAUUACCCUCAAGUAUCCAACAGCCGCUUUCAGCACCACAGCCAGGUUGUGAAAGUCGCAGCCCACCUCUAAAUGAGCCACCACCCAGUACUCAGACCGGUGGUGCCCUGACUCAAACAUUGUUUCGCACAGUCAAGAAUAUAUUUGGAGUACUACGACAGUACACCCAUGGGCCACCAUCUCACAAUGCCAGUGAUCACCAGUCCCCUCACGAGCUCUGUACACCAUUGUACCCCCACAAUGAUUCUAUGAACAUAUUGUCAUCGUCAUCAUCCGAGAUCCAUCCGCAAUGCAGCACUCAAAGCACCAACCCCUAUCAUCCAUAUCCAAAUAAAAGCACCCUUCUCCUAGGUGACUGGUACUGGAACCAUGGUGCCCGCAAGUCACAGGAAAACUUCCGCAUGCUUUGCGACAUUAUCGGUGAACAAGGCUUCUCACCAGCUGAUGUCAGCAGCGCAAACUGGCGUAAGAUUGAUGAAUCACUUGUCACAGUGGGCGACAGCGACGGCAAUAGCUCAGACUGGCUGGACGACGGUUGGAGGACAAGUCCAGUCACUAUUUCUGUCCCAUUCCACAAGAGAAUGGCAGAUCCAGGUCCAAAGGAAUUCAUUACUGCCGACUUUCACUAUCGCUCCAUACUAUCUGUCGUUCAAGAAAAACUUGCUAAUGAACAUGAAAUGGACUCUUUCCACUAUGUCCCCUAUGAACUUCACUGGCAACCUGAAGGCCAAGAUGAGACACAACUUUAUGGUGACCUAUAUACAUCUCCAGCAUUUGUUGAGGAAAAUCAGCGCCUACAAGACUCCCCUCCAGAACCUGGGUGUGAUCUGGAGAGGUGUAUACUAGCACUGAUGUUCUGGUCUGACGCAACACAUCUCACGUCGUUUGGCAAUGCAAAGCUGUGGCCUCUAUACAUGUUUUUCGGCAAUGAUACAAAAUACAGGAGAUGCAAGCCUAGUUGCCACUUGUGUCAUCACAUUGCAUACUUCCAAACACUCCCAGAUUCAUUCAAGGAUUUUGCAAAUGCAUUUGCGGGUGGCAAAGGAGUUAAUGAUGCUUUCAACACACACUGCCAUCGGGAGUUCAUGCAUGCACAAUGGACCAUCCUUCUUGACAAGGAGUUUAUUGAAGCUUGCAAGCAUGGCCUUGUAAUUACGUGUUCUGAUGGUAUAAAACGGCGUUUUUACCUUCGCAUCUUCACAUAUUCUGCGGACUAUCCGGAAAAGGUUCUUCUCACUAGCAUCAGGAACUUGGGAGCUUGCCCAUGUCCACGAUGUUUGAUUCCAAAAGAUUGUAUUCCAGGGAUGGGCACAAAGCAAGAUAUGAGACAACGAAAGACAUUGGCACGAGUAAACAAUUCUCAAUAUCAGCGGAAGGUAGACAUAGCACGCAGUUUGAUUUACGAGAAAAAUCAUGCAGUAAACAGCAAUGCAGUCGAAAGACUACUAAAGGAGGAGUCUUUGGUUCCAACGUUGAAUGCAUUUUCGGCUGCGCUUACACCCCUUGGAGUCAACAUUUACUCUCUUUUUGUCGUUGAUAUUCUGCAUGAAGUUGAACUGGGUGUCUGGAAAGCAAUAUUCAUUCAUCUCAUUUGCAUUUUGGAGUCACAUGGUGAAGGAUCGGUUCAUAAACUGGAUCAAAGGUACCGAAACAUACCACCAUUCGGACAAGACACAAUCCGAAGGUUCUCAACAAACUCGUCCGAAAUGAAAAAGAUGGCAGCCCAUGAUUACGAAGAUCUCUUACAGUGUGCUAUACCAGCUUUUGAGGGCCUCCUACCCGAGCCGCAUAAUAAAAACAUACUCAACCUGCUAUUUAUUAUGGCACAGUGGCAUGGUCUUGCGAAGCUGCGAAUGCACAGUGAUGAAACUUUGGAAUUCCUUGAUCAAGCUACGACAUUGCUCGGACACCAACUUUGCAAAUUUCAGCAGGAAACAUGUCCCGCUUUCAACACCAAGGAGCUUCAACGUGAAAUUGAUGCCCGAAACCGACGCCAGGCCAAGCAGCAAUCAAGUAGUAGUAAUGCACGCGCACCACUGUCAAAUAACAACGCUCGACAACCAAAAGCAUUUAAUCUCAACACAUACAAAGUUCAUGCCCUUGGUGACUAUGCUGCCACCAUUAGAAGACUAGGCACAACAGAUUCGUAUUCCACACAAAUUGGUGAACUUGAACACCGCACACCAAAAGCAUCUUAUUCUCGUACAAGCAAAAAGGUGUUUAUCAAGCAAAUUACAAAGAUUGAACGACAUGAGAACAUCCCCGCUUCACCUGAAACCCAUCACCAUAUCGGAAAGGCACAGAACCAUUCUAUUGACAUCCAGGGAUUCUUACAGAAACGAACAGGCGACCCCGCUAUCAAGGAGUUUUUGACUAAACUCCGAGCGCACCUUCUUCCACGACUGAAGGUAGCUCUCCUCACAGACCAAAACAAGCCUGCCGCUACAAGCAGUGAAACGGGCACUUUUGCGGGAGAUAACGCAUUAGAUGGAAGCUACAUCAUUUUCCAUAAUAAUCGUAUCUACCACCACAACAUCAUCCGCCUCAACUAUACAACCUAUGACAUUCGACGGGCGCAGGACGUAGUGAACAUAAACACAUCACACAACAGUAUUAUGAUGCUCUCUGACCGAACUAUAGACUCUGGCCAUCUGUUCUUAUAUGCAAGGGUCCUAGGAAUAUACCAUGCAAAUGUUAUUUAUGCUGGACCUGGAAGUUACGACUACCAAGCUCACCGCAUGGAGUUUCUCUGGGUUAGAUGGUAUGAGCCUCUCAGAGACAGUGACUGCAAUACUGGCUGGCAUCGUCGUCAGCUUGAUUCAUUUCAGUUCCUGCCCACUGACCACCAAGAUGCAUUUGGCUUUGUAGAUCCAGCUGAUAUACUUCGUAUCUGUCAUGUUAUCCCCCGAUUUUCAGAAGGGCCUUUGCAUCCGCAUAGGAUUGGUACAUCACUCUCUGCGAAAGACUCGGCAGACUGGAAGACAUACUAUGUGAAUAGAUUUGUUGACCGCGACAUCAUGAUGCGCUAUUAUUAUGGCUAUGCUCCUGGCCACUUGUACGCUAAACGCUCACGAGGAAAUACUGAGCCGCCCUGUGGAAUACCAGAUGAAAUCGCCGCAGCAACAGUCACAGAUCCUGCAGAUGAAGUUUCCAAUCAUGCACGCCAAUCUGAAGCCCCGGAUUUGCUUGGUUCGGAUGCAGAAAACCAUGAAUAUGAGGGCCGAGCCUCAUCAGUGAGUGAAGAUUCUCAAUCAACCUCCUCCGACUUGCCUUCAGAAGAGGGAGAUCAAGAUGAUGGAUUGCAGGUCUACGGCCUCAAUGAUGAGAGUGACAGGAAUUUUGAUUAG